CAUAGCAGAGAUCGUAAUGGUCACCUCGUCAUUCUGCUCGUCCUUUUUCAUUCCUGGCCAGCUGGUGGAGUACCUGCAGAAGCAGGUGGCUUUCAGCCCCCCCAGCUUGCACUGCCACGUCCGGCCGGGAGACCUUGAGUCUCCCUUCUGCAUGGACUCUACCAUGAUGAUGACCUCCCAAGUCAUGCGCUCUCUGUUGAAGGCGGCGGCCACGACCAGACACACAGGGGACGACGUGCAUUUCUCUGGUCACUUGGCGGCGCUUCUGCGCCUCGAGCACGUCAACACCCAGGCGAUGUUCGAGUGGGAUCCGGCCAAGACGAGCUGCAUCUACAAAGGUCGCUGCACGUUCGCGCACAACUACAACAACUGGGAGCGCACGACGGGCCAACGGGCGCUGUGGAACCUCGUCCUUUGGCAUCGCAGGCUCUAUGCAGGGGACAAGGUCGAACUGUCUGCUAGGCUAGAUGCCAGAGACUACAGGAAUAUGUUCGAGGAGAUCAAGCAUUAUCUGCAGCGUCCCUAUGACGAUGACAAUGACACCGAGAAAUCCGCUCCAUCGAGUGACAUGCGCUUUGCUGACAGCAGAUUGUAAGUUGAAAAGACACAGUGCGCGGCUAUUGACAGUGUGCAUCUGUGACGUUUUUCGCAUACAUUGUUAAAAAAGUCGUAAGCCAGACUCAAGAAGCACAUAAU